CUGAGAUCAGGCUGACCCUGCGGCUGCAAACAGUCCGCAGAGACGCACCGCCGGCUCGGUCCUACCGGCUCCCGCGGCACCGCGGCUGCGGUCCUCUCCACACUCUGACACCGCCGCGUUCCGGGCACAGAGCGGCGCGGCUCCGGGUAGCCCUGGUAACCCGGUAGAAGACGCUGGAUUCGAAGAUUUGCUUUUCCUGGCUGUCACAGAUGCUCGCCUGGAGCGCGCAAAGGAGGCUUUACGCGUCUGAAUGAGCUGUUCCAGGGAGCCAGGCUGGGCUGGAGACUGCGCGACUUGUUGCGCUUCUUCCGGGCUGCGCCUCCAUCCCAGGUCCGAACCUGCAUGUGAUGCUCGGGUUGGAGGGGAGUAGGAUGUGCCGUGGAGCGCGCGCACAAACAGCCUAAAGUCACGUUUCUCCGGAACUAUGAAGUCCGCCACAUAAAUACGCAGAGUUUGGAGAACAGUUUGCGCCCCGCUUUAUAAUGGCACCACUCCACCACAAUAGCAAACUUUAUUCAGGUCCAAUCCCGUAAAGUGCUGAAAUUCCUCCGAACUGAGCCUCCUUCCUUCUGACUGCUGACAUGUCUGAGCGCGAUGGAUGCGGAGACGGGCUGUGCGGAGACUCCGCGCCGGAUUUCAUCCCGCCGAGAGCGUCCCGCGGCCGGCGCAGCGGGGUCAUCCUCCCUGGAGGUGGAGGCGGUCAGGACUCGGACACCAUCCUGCUGGAGUCGGUGAAGGCAGCACCGCGCCGCAGCAGCAUCAUUAAGGAUCCCUCGGUGCAGAAGGUGGGUGGCGGCAGGAAGAAGACGGUGUCCUUCAGCAGCAUGCCCUCCGAGAAGAAGGUCAGCAGUGCAGCCGACUGUUUGGCUUUCAUGCAAGGUGGGUGUGAGCUUAAGAAGAUCCGACCCAACUCCAGGGUCUACUGUCGAUUUUACACCUUGGAUGCAGACCUGAGCUGCCUUCGCUGGGAGCCGUCCAAGAAGGACGCAGACCGGGCUAGACUGGACGUCUCUAGCAUCAGGGAGGUCCGCACUGGGAAGAGCACAGAGACCUUUCUGCAUAACGGCCCUCUGCUGGAACACCUCGCUGAGGAAGCAGCCUUCUCCAUCAUCCACGGCGAUGAGUACCAGUCUCUAGACUUGGUGGCAUUGUCGGCUGAUGUGGCCAACAUCUGGGUGACGGGGUUGCGGUACCUCCUUGCCCAUCCUUCAAUCAUUGGAGCGGCUGGAGGAGUAGGAGGAGGGCCGGGCGAUGGAGGCAGCUUAGCGGUGGAAGGCAGCCUGGGGAGCAAGAUGAGGAGCGAGUGGCUGGCGGCGGAGUUUGCGCUGGUCGACGAAGACGGCUACGGGAUCGUAUCAGAGGAUGUAGCGGUCGCUACAGUCUGCAAACUCUGCCCUGGGAUCAAAGAGGCCAAGGUCCGUCUACGGUUUAAGGAGAUCCAGCGCAGCAAGGAGAAGCUCACCUCCCAUGUGACACGGGAGGAGUUCCAGGAGGCCUACUGUGAGCUUUGCACGCGACCUGAUGUUUACUUCCUCCUGGUUCAACUGUCCCAGGACCGGGAGUGCCUGGACCCUCAGGACCUCCGCCUCUUCUUGGAGACAGAGCAAGGAUUGUCUCUGGCUACGACCGAAGGCUGCUGGGAGCUCCUGAAGCGCUACGAGCCCUCGGCCCAGGGCAGGGAGAGGGGCCUGCUGGGUCUGGAUGGCUUCGCUCGGUACCUGCAGUCACCCGAGUGUCAGCUGCUGGACCCGGAGCACCUGGGGGUUUGCCAGGACAUGAACCUGCCUCUGUCCCACUACUACAUCAGUACGUCGUACCGCUCCUACCUGCUUGAUGACCAGGUCCACGGAAGAGCGGACCUCGGAGGGCUGACCAAGGCUCUGCAAUCAGGCUGUCGAUGCCUGGAGCUGGGCAUCACAGACGGUCCUGAGGGCGAGCCUCUGCUUGGGGUCGACUACGGGCCUGAUAUUUCCCGCCACCAUCAUCACCAUCACCACCAUGCACCCGUUACUAUCCGCUCGGCGCUGGAGGUGGUGAAUAAAUACGCCUUCCUGACGUCUCAGUACCCACUCCUGCUUUACUUGUGUCACCGGUGCUCACCAGGUCAGCAGCGCACCAUGGCACACCACCUCAAGAAAGUGUUUGGAUCCCGGCUCUAUAAACCCGAGGCCCUACAUGUGAGCCUGGGAGGGAGGGCGACCACCCUCCCCUCCCCGGAGCAGCUGAAGGGGCGGAUCCUUAUUGUUGGGAAAAAGCUCCCUCCAGAGGAGGAUGGCUCUGACGGGGAGGUAUCGGAGGAGGAUGAGGAGAUAGGAGGAGGGGGGCCCCUGGCUGGAAGAAGGAUGACCAUCCCUGGGGAGGAGGAACUAGGUGUGGUCUUGGUAGUGCCUCCUCCUUCUCAGCCCAGGAAGCUAACCCUCCAUAAAGACCUGUCGGACCUGGUGGCUGUUGUUCGGACAAGCAGCCGCAGCUUUUACGCUCAGAGAGGAAGUAACAAGCAGAGUCAGUCGCCCCCCAGCAGCCCCUCGUCCCCCGGAUCACCCCUUCCCCCUGACAUGCCUUACUGGACCAUGUGCUCUCUGGGCGAAGGAGAGGCUGGACGGCUGACGAGCGAAAGCCCAGAGGACCUCGUUCAGUUCACCAAACGCACCCUAACCAGGGUACGACCCAGCUCAGUGCGCCUGGACUCCAGUAACCCCAACCCACAAGGAUACUGGAAAGGAGGGGUCCAGCUAGUGGCCUUAAACCAGCAGACUCCAGGCGCCAUGCUGGACCUCCAUCGAGGCCGCUUCUCACAGAACGGGGGUUGCGGCUACGUCCUACGGCCAGCUGUGAUGAGGGACGCAGUUUCGUACUUCAGUGCCCACACCCAUGGCUGCGUGCCGGGAGUCCCACCCCAAACUCUGCGCAUUAAGGUCAUCAGUGCCCACAACCUGCCAAAGCCCCAGGGGUCCGGGGCCAAGGGGGAGGUCAUUGACCCGUACGUAGUGUUGGAGGUGCACGGCGUCCCGGCCGACUGCGCCGAGCAGAGGACGCGCACCGCCGCUCAGAACCAGGAUGAGCCGAUGUUUGAUGAGACAUUUGAGUUUCAGGUGAACAUGCCUGAGCUGGCCUUGCUACGCUUUGUGGUGCUGGAUGAUGACUACAUCGGGGACGAUUUCAUCGGCCAGUACAGCGUGGCCUUCGAGUGCCUUCAGCCGGGCUACCGGAACGUGCCCCUGCUGGGCCUGGCAGGAGACCCCUUACCACACACCAGCCUUUUUGUCCACGUGGCCGUUACCAACCGGAGGGGGGGAGGAAAGGCCCAACGGCGAGGCCUGUCGGUGAGGAGGGUGGGGCGACGAGGGAGGGAGUACGUCUCUCUGAGGCACACCGGGAUCAAAGCGCUGGAUGAGGUGUUCAAGCAAGCCAGCGGCCCCAUCAAGGAGGCCACCGACCUGCGGGAGGAUGCUCAGUGCUCCACGGCCAGCUUCAAGGAUCAGUGCGGGCUCCCCACCGUGGCCAAACUGAAACAGUGCAUCCAGAGCUUGGCUACCAGACUUCAGAGCCCCGAGGGAGCCAUGGGGGCCGCCAUGGUGCUGAGGGAGGGCUACCCCUGUCUGGAGCCGCUGGUCAGCCUCUCGGAGGCGACUCGUAAACUGCUGUCUGCCUACGACACGAUGAUCACUGCCCAGAAACAUCUGAUUGAGAACGCAGAUGUUGUUCAGGAGAGGAUCGACGGGCAGAGUGACCUGUUACGCGGAGCUAAGAUGGACUCCCUGGACGCCCUGCGGCAGCUGGCUCUGGCCUGCGAAGCCUGCGGCCUCACCCCCUCUCCCUCCAACUCCUCCAACAGCUUCUCCACCGCGGAGCUCCACUACUCCUCCCAACACGCGUCGGGCCGGCGGGGCAGCACGCACGGCAACGGGCGCGUCUGA